AUGAUUAUUGAUCUAAUUGAUUUGUUUACCUAAUAGAGGAAUAUCAACAGUAUCAUUAAUAUAUCUCUUUGUAUCAAUUAUUCUAUCCUUAUCCUGUUUAUCCAUAAUCACGUUUUAUCUUCUACUAAAUGUCUACUCCUAAGCAACUUAAUCACAAUUUGCUUAACCCUCAUAUUGAAAACACAGCAUUUUGGUUGUUUAGAUAUUAAUUUCUACCAAUUAGCUUUCUGAAAAUGACGAGGAAUGAACUAGUACAAGACGACAAUGAUGUGUCAAAGCUAGAGAUGGGAAUCAAAACGUCUGAAUCUGAACCAUUCAGGGGCUUCUUACAAACACCUUACGUAGUGACCCUUCUACAAAAGAUAAUUGCAGAGAUUGUUGGGACGUAUUUUGUUAUAUUUGCUGGAUGUGGAUCAGUUGCGGUAAAUAAGUUGUAUGGUGGUUCAGUAACUUUUCCAGGGAUAUGUGUAACUUGGGGUCUCAUUGUAAUGGUUAUGAUUUACACUGUGGGACAUGUAUCUGGUGCUCAUUUUAACCCUGCUGUCACUAUUACACAGUCGUUGUUUAGCCCAUUUUCCUUUCCCUGGAAAGAGGCGCCUGUGUACAUACUAUCACAACUGGUGGGCUCGCUUCUUGCCAGCGGCACCCUUGCACUGCUUUUUGACGUGGAUCGGAAAUCUUACUUUGGCACUGUUCCAGUCGGAUCUAGUGGCCAGUCGUUAGUAAUUGAAAUCAUCAUUUCUUUUCUCCUCAUGUUCGUCAUUUGUGGUGUAGCCACUGAUAACAGAGCGAUUGGAAAUUUUGGUGGUGUAGCUAUUGGCAUGACUAUAAUGUUAAACGUCUUAGUUGCUGGGCCAAUUUCUGGAGCUUCCAUGAACCCAGCCAGGAGCAUCGGACCAGCGCUUGUUAUUGGUGUAUACGAAGGACUGUGGGUGUACAUUGUCGGGCCUAUAAUAGGAACCAUAGCCGGAGCAUUUGUCUAUAAGCUGCUCAGAUUUACAAACAAGCCACUUUCUGAAUUGUUAACAAAAACCAAGUAGGAUAUUCAAAUUUAAUCGACAAUAAUAAUUCUACGUGUGAUUUGAGAUAGCUGAUAUAUCCGAGUAAUUUUUGGUUAAAGGAAAUAUUUGUAGCUAGUGGUGAAGGAAAUUGUAUGCUUCUGAAUUUUGAUAUGUUUGUUCCAUGGUAUAUGCAAUGUCAUGUUGUCGUGUUAU